AACUUUAUAGCUACUCAUGCAAUCAUUUGACAACAUAUUUUACUGCUGGUUGGAGUCGGAGUCGGACUGAAGAGAAGAUUCCGGCGGGUGUUGCCCUGUUCCGACUUGGAGUCGAUCACGAUCAGAUCCGCGCCAAAAUCAGCUGAGUCCUCGCCAAAACCUUGCAUUGCCUCACGCGCUAUCUAUAAAUCCCUAGCACCCGACAGCUUCGUCCCAUCUCGCACUUAUUUGCAGCUCUCCCUUCCUUUCCUGCAUCUCUUCUCGUCUCCAUCCACGUGCACGGCGCGUCCGAUCCGAUGGCUUGCUCGGUCAUCCCGAUGAUGAUGCCUGACGAGAUGUUCCGCCGGCGGGUCAGUGCCGCUCCGCCGCACCAGCUGAAGAUGACGGCCUCCGUGCCGGUGGCGGCUCCAGCGCCUGCGCCAGAGGAGCUGCGGCUGUCGGACCUCGACUGGAUUGGCGACCUCGGCAAGGGCGGCUUCGCCAGGGUCUGCAAGGCACGCCACUGCCGCACCGGCGCGGUGUUCGCGCUCAAGCUGUCGUUCGACCCGGACCCGCUUGUCGUGGAGUUGGAGGCCGAGGUGCUCCGCCGCGCAGCUGGGGCGCCGCACGUCAUCGACUUCCACGCUCUGCUCCGCGGGCCCGGCGGCAAGGCCGCGUUCGUGCUCGAGUACAUGGACGCCGGGUCUCUCGGCGAUCUCCUGCGGCGGCGCAGGCGGGUGGGAAUCCCGGAGGCAGCCGUCGCCGAGGUGGCCGCGCACUGCGUCGUGGCGCUGGCCCAGCUCCACUCCCGCGGCGUCGCGCACCUUGACGUGAAGCCCGACAACCUCCUCGCCAACACCCGCGGGGAAAUCAAGAUCAGCGACUUCAACCUCUCCAGGAUCCUCUACGGCGGCUCCGGCGAGCGCCUCCAGGUCCCCAUCACCGGCGGCACCUUGAUGUACUUGAGCCCCGAGCGGUUCGCGCCCAAUGCCCGCGCCGGGCCGCACGCCGCCAUGGCGGCCGAUGUCUGGAGCCUCGGCGUCACCGUCCUGGAGCUCUUCUUGGGGCGACUAUCCCUCUUGCCCGGAGUACAGAAGCCGUCUGCUGAGGAGGUGAAGCAGGCCAUCUGCGACGGGAAGCCUCCGUCCGUGCCGGAGGAUGCAGAGGCGUCGGCGGAGCUGCGUGGGUUCGUGGCGGCGUGCGUGCAGAAGGAACCGGCGCGGCGCGCCACGGUGGCACAGCUGCUCUCACACCCGUUCGUUGUGCGGCGCGACAUGUAGGCGUCAAGGCGCGCGCUGCAGGAGAUCAUCGUCGACACUCUGUAGACUGUAGUAGAUUAAGGAAAAGCAGUUGGCCUGUGUAGUGUGAUUAGUAAAACUAAUUGUGUCUCUUUGCUGAUUUGACUGUACUUCACAGUUCUGAGAUCAAUAUAUUAUUUGCGACAA